GACGUAAUUGAACAAAGCGAGUAUGUCUCUUUCGCUUUUCCUCAUCGUUCUAUCUGCAAUGACGCCCUCUUCAAGCGAGAUCGUAGAACGUGAUAUUAAGCCUUGUGAAGAAUCAGAUGUUUACAAAAUUGACGUCUCAGUCGGCGACGACGUUGUCCUAAAAUGUAUUUGGAGCAAUCCCAACUAUGACACAUUAAAAUGGACACUCGGAACUAAAGUCAUUGAAGUCUGCGAUAAACUACAACAAAGACCUGUUUGCACUAAAGAAUCUCCGUACCACACAGAUAGAAGUCUUCACUUUCAAAAUAUAGACUCGACAUUCAGCGGUGUUUACGCCUGCAAAUUUUAUUAUUUCAGCAAACUUAAAUGCUCUAAGAAUGUGUCAGUUACGGUUGCAGUAUUGCCAGCCUCGCCUAUUCCAUCGACAAAUUACCCCAAAACAACAACAAUAAUAACAACAACAACAGCGAAAAAUACAUCAGCAGAGUUACAAUCAACUAAGUCAACAACAACCAUAGCGGAAAAAGGUUAAACCUAAUUAUUACAUCUUGUUCUACCUUUGUUUUGGCGUAGUGAUUGUUGAUGUUGAUUGCGUGUAAUGUUGAU